AGCCAAGCAGGGGGCGGGGUCAGGCUGUGCGCUCUGUGUCGUUGAGGAGGCGAGUUUUCAUUUUGGAAAGGAGCCGGAGGAGGAGGAGCUGCCGGCUGAGGGACACGGACAGAGUGGUUGGUGUUCGGAGCGAGAAACUGGAGAGCGGCGGCCAUAUGAAGUAUAAAGCUAAGCAGGGAGCUUGGCUUAGUUUCAGAUAUUUUACUGCUGAAGGGAGUACCCCGUGCCUGGACUCCCCAGAUAAGGCUGACUACUGGAAGUCUCAACCAAAGAAGUUCUGCGAUUACUGCAAAUGUUGGAUAGCAGACAAUAAACCUAGUGUUGAGUUUCAUGAAAGAGGAAAGAACCAUCAAGAAAAUGUGACCAGGAAAAUCAGUGAGAUCAAAAAGAAAAGUUUGGAAAAAGCAAAAGAGGAGGAGAGGAUAGCAAAGGAAUUUGCUGAGAUGGAGAAUGCAGCUAUGAAAGCUUAUCAGGAAGACCUCAAGCGACUUGGAGUAAAUGUUUCAGCUUCUUCAUCGUCAAGUACAACUGAGAAAAAGCCGGCAGUAAAGGCCUCUGAUGCACAACGUAGUACAAAGCCGAAUAUAGCAAAUAUCUGGGUGCAAGGCAUCUCACCUGAAGGAUAUUUCUAUUACUACAACUCUAAAACAGGAGAAUCACAAUGGGAAAAGCCUGAAGGGUUCCAAGAGAGCUCAAACUUUGUGCAGAGUGAAGUUGCACAACAGGACCUUUCAGCCUCUUCGUGGGUAGAAGGACUUACUCCAGAGGGCUGCACCUACUAUUACAAUGUCUUAACAAGAGAAUCGCGAUGGGAAAAGCCAGAUGGCUUCAUCUCUGCCACUGCACGCUCAGCUACAGCUGGUAAGAAUGAGACUGAACCUGAGGUAUCCUCUGCAGCCUCUAGUUCCACAGAACCCACAGCUGUGAAAAUGACUGAAAAAAGCUCUGAAGAUCAUCGUACAGCAGAGGAAGAACAGCUGUGCACGGACAUAGAGGCUACUGAUCCACACCAGGAAACGAACAUCUCUCUCCAACAGGAAAGUGGUCCAGGUGAUGGCAGUGAAGUGAAGGCUCCUGGAGAAAUGCUCAACACAGAAGAGGAAAACAAUUUGCUCCAAGAUGAGCCCCAACAAGAAGCAACGAAUACUUUAAGUAAAAAGAAAGUAAACCCAUAUGGAGAAUGGGAAACUAUAAAAGAGGAAGAGGAAGAGCAGAUUGACUUGCAGUUACCGACAGUUGACUGCUCAGCAACACCAGUGAUUGAUGUAAAGCAUGAGCCCAAAGUUAAGUUUAAACAAAAAGAAAUAACUUCCCUGAGGGAUGACGCAGGUGGAGAGACGGUAUUUAAAAAAAGAAAACUUGAAAAUGGCAAAUCCAGAAACCUGAGGCAGAAAGGAAAUGAUAACUGAAUGCAGUUCAGAAAUACGUUCAGUGCUAUUCGUUCUUGAUUGUUGUAGUAAAUAAAUUUGCCUAGAUUUUCAACUCAUGAAAGUUAAUUGCCUUGUUUGGUGUAAAAUACUGCAUUAUUUUUUUAAAAAAGGUGUUUCUUUUUAAAAUAUAUGGUUUAGAAUUAACAACUUGCAAGUUGAGUAAGAGUGCAAAAUCCUGCAAAACAUAGUGUUUCUGUGGCCAUUUUUAUCAGAUUCAUUUAGAUUUGUGACUGGUUUGACAGCAGCAUUUACUGCAUCUGUCUUGGUAAUUCUUUUGUUAAGACGUCAAGUUUUUUUUGUUGUACUAAAUAUAAAAGAAAGUAAUGUAUCCCCUGACAGCCUAUAGUUAUGCAUUAAAUUGAGCUCUGUAGAGUGUAUUCUGGAUUUAAUGAUUCUUUAAACAUAAUUGCAUCUUUGCAUAAAGUCCUUACAGAAAGCUGUUUAAAAUAUUUUUGCACAGUAACUUGUGUAUGCAAAGAUAAUGCUGUCAAAAAUAAAGUUUUUACUGAGUGCUAA